AUGAGAAUAUGGGUUUGUGUCUUGGAUCCCUUUGAUGAGAUUAAAAUUGCCAAGGAAAUCCUUGAAUCUCUUACAAAUGUGGCCCCAAAUUUACAUGAAUUGCAAACUAUAUUGCAGAACAUACAACAAUCUAUAAAGGGAAAGAAGUUUCUUCUCAUACUUGAUGAUGUGCGGGAAGAAAAUUCUGCAAAAUGGGAACAAUUGAAAGAUUGUCUCCAAUGUGGUUCAUCAGGAAGUAGAACUUUGGUGACCACACGUAAAGAGAUUGCUGCAAAUGCAAUAGGCUGCAUUGACAUAUACAGAAUAGGGCAAUUGUCCGCAGAAGAUUCAUGGUUAUUAUUUAGUCAAAUUGCAUUUUUUGGAUGGAGCAAUGGAGAGCGUGGGCCAUUCGAAGACAUUGGUAAGAAAAUUGUAAGCAGGUGCAAGGGUUUGCCUCUUGCAGUGAAGACUCUAGGAAGUCUUUUGUUUACAAAAAAAUCGAAAACUGAGUGGCAAACCAUCAUGGAUAGUGAGGUAUGGGAACUAGAAAAUGCAGAAGUUGAUAUUUUUCCCCAUUUAUGGCUCAGUUAUAAUGAUUUGUCCCCACCAUUGAGGCAGUGUUUCUCUUAUUGUGCUAUUUUCUCCAGGGACCAUUUGAUAAUAAAAGAAAAACUGAUUAAGUCAUGGAUGGCACAUGGUUAUCUUAAGGAAACAUCAAGAAAAGACAUGGAGAGAAUUGGUGAAGAGUAUUUCCAGAAUUUAGCUUCACGCUCUUUCUUCCAAGAUAUCAACAUAGAUAAAUUUUCAUACAUUUCAUAUACUUGUAAGAUGCAUGACAUAGUGCAUGAUUUUGCCCAGUAUAUUAGGAGGGAUGAAUGUUUUAGCAUGGAGGUUUGUAGUUCUGUUGAGCUAAAUAUUCAUCGUUGUAGGAAUUUGGAAAAGCUGCCCCUUGGAAUUGGAAAACUUGUCAACUUAAGGCAUUUGCACAAUUUUGCUUCAGAACUAUUACCGUUGCCAAAAGAAAUUAGAAAAUUGAGUUGUCUUAGAACAUUAGAGUGGGUUUAUGUUGGUGAUGAUAGAGAAGCAUUCUCUCUAGGGGAUCUAGAAAGCCUGAACCUUCUUCAAGGAUUGCUUGUUUUAGAGGGCCUAGGAAACGUGGGCAACAUUAAUGGGGCCAAGCAAGCACAACUCAAGAAAAAGAAAGGAAUCAACACAAUGCAUUUUACUUUUGAUGGAGAGGAAGGGGAUUGGAGAAUAAGUCACGAUGAACAAUUACUUGAAGUCUUAGAACCACCCCCUAAUUUGGAGUUUUUAGAUAUACUUCAUUACGAAGGCACAGUUUUUCCAAGUUGGAUCAUGUCAUUAACUAAUUUGAAGCGCAUUGUGCUCGACGAUUUUAACAACUGUGAGAAAUUACCUCCUUUGGGAAAGUUGCCUUUCCUUGAACGACUUGGUUUGUGGAGCAUGAAACGCCUGAAAAUGUUGGGUGUUGAGUUUUUGGGAAUAGAAACUUCAAGUCAACAUGGGAUUUCAUCAGCAGACGCUGCCUUCCCCAAAUUGACAUCACUUGUAUUAGGUUCCUUGGAGGAGUGGGAAGAGUGGGAUGAUGGAAUGAACACAAAUGGAGAAGAAGAUAUUACCAAUUUUAUAAUCCUCCCAUGUCUUUGUUCACUAUCGAUUUGGGAUUGCCCAAAAUUGGAGUUGGAGACACUAACAGAUUACCUUCUCCGGAAGAUGUCCGAAUUUGAAGACUGCUUAAAAAAAGAGGAAAGGAGGGAAAAAGCCAAACAAAUCUCAAAUCUCUAA